AUGGCCAGAACAAUAGAUCGCCGGAUGCGCGAGGCCAAGGAGUCGUGCAGAAGGCGGGGAGGGACCCAAAGGAUGCCCAAAGAAGGCCCAAAGCGGGCCCGAGAGAAGCGGAUGGGCGGAUGGGCAUGCUCAACGCGCUCGCGCGCUCGUCGGCUCGUCGGGCUGGGCACGCUGGGCAUCCAGCCGGUUGGUAGGGCGCCUUUCCGAUCGUCGCGGCGCUCUCGCAUUUGCGGCGACUGUUGCCAGGAGAGCAAGUUUGGGGGUCUCCUUUGCCUGGGCGAUCAGCUAUGUGCGCCGGGCGAGCCAUGCGCGCCAUGCGCUGUCCCCGAUGCUCAGGUGCUGGGAAGGUGUUUCGUGGCUGCAUCAGUUCAUAUCCCCACUGCCGCGCCCUCCGCUGCUGCCAACGUCGCCAAGUCGGCCGCCGCCCCCGGCGCCAACAGGAAGACCGCCCUCGCGCUCGCUGCCCUCGCCGUCGCCGCGCUCGGUGCACUCUAA